AUGGCACCUCCUACUCGAGGCCGCGGCGGCCAGUCGCGCGGGUCGACAACAUCCGCGCCGAGGAAGUCAACACGAGGUGGCAUUCAGAAGACGCGCAGCCGCCCAAUACGAGUCGAUAGGGAUGGUGAUCUUGACAUGGAUGCUGGAAGUGGAGCACGCCGCAGCAACAGGCCUCCUCCAACUGAUCCCGGCACUGGAAGACCCCAGAGACAAGGGGCUACCACUCGGAGCACUACAAAGAUCCAGCAAGUCAUAUCUCGUCAUUUGAGUGGCGAAGGCACAGACAUGGUCUCGAAGAGGAAACCACAGGGAGGCCCUCUCGUCUGGUUAGAGGUAAAGGGUCUGAAGGAGAGCAAGGCCGCGAGCAACCCGGACGGCGGUUUGCGGGAUCUGCUUGCAUUUCUGGAACGCAAGGCGACCGGCGUGGCAUCAAGGAUCAGACCAGUGGUGGUCAAGAAGGUAUGUUUAGCUAUCGGCGAUGCUCAAGGGAGCCACAUAGGGGUGCCGAAUGGUCCAAGCUCGUUGAAUCGCCAAGGCGCGGUGGUGCAGAUUGCAUCUAGCAAGGAGGAUGCGGAGGAAAUCAUCAAGCUGAACAAUUUCAGCUUUGCCGGCGCCAAGCUGGAAAUCUCAGACUCCGACGGCUCGCUGGCUCAAGCCAACGCUGCCUCCGCCCAAGCUCAAGAUGUGAAGAGCAAGCUCACCGAUGUCCUAUCACAACGGUACAUGACCGAUACGAAGCUGUUGAAGCUCGACGCUCUGAGCCAGGACCAGGCUCUUGUGGCAAUGGGCAUCUUGGAGUCCAAGGAUCGGGUCGAAAAGAUGUUCAGGGUCAUGAUGAAGAUAUGCGACGAGCUCUUCAAGACAGCCAAGGACAAGAUUGACAACAUCCAGAGCAUCAGCCUGGCCAAUAAUGGCAUUGAAAACGCCACGCAGGUGGAAGAGCUGGCGGACACAUUCCCGGACCUCGUGCAUUUGGAGUUCAGCGGUAACCAAAUAUCCACCGUCGCCCAAUUGGCGGCGUGGAAGGGCAAGUUCCGGAAGCUGGAGACUCUCCACUUAAACGGAAAUCCCAUUCCUGUGGCAGACCUCAAGACUCGGGCAGCGCUUGUGGAGUAUUUUCCCAAGUUGCGGGACUUGAACGGCGAGCAAUUGACGCCGGAACAUAUUGAACAACUUCGGGCGGCCACUCGCCCUGCGCCGAUUCCCCAACACGGCCCCGACUUCCGCGAUGCCAAUGGCAUAGGCGAGACGUUUCUUGUCGAUUUCUUCGCGGCAUUUGAUGCCGACCGCCACGGGCUUCUCGCCAAAUACUACGACGAAGAGAGCCAGUUCUCCCUCGCCGUCGAUACCAACUCGAUCCGUAAUAAGGAUGCUCCUCCGCCGCUGUCCUGGUCGACCUACAUACCAAAAUCGCGGAAUCUCACGCGAAUCACCACCCCGGGAGCACGGGCUGCCAGGCUUCUCACCGGCAGGGAGUCCAUUUUCAAGAUUUGGAGCGAGCUCCCGGCAACACAACAUCCGAAUAUCAAGGAAGACAUCUCCAAGUACAUCAUGGACUGCCAUCUGCUGUCGGGACUCGCGGAUCCCAGUGGCUCAACAGGCAUCGGGCAUGACGGAAUGAUCAUCUCGGUACACGGUCAGUUUGAGGAGUACGACGCAGCGUCUAGUCAACGAGGCUUGCGAAGUUUCUCCCGCUCCUUCGUCCUGGGCCCCGGCCGACCCGGAAACAACCCUAUUAGGGUCGUUAGCGACAUGCUCCUCUUGCGAGCCUACAACCCUCUCCCCAACAUCUUCGCCGCGGGUACGGCCCAGCCGGAACCGUCAGAUGACCAGGCACUCCGCCAGGCAAAGAUCGCGGAGCUGUCAAAACAAACAAACAUGAUCCCCGCCUAUUCGGAGAUGUGUCUCUCGGAAGUUGGGUGGGACUUUGACCAGGCCGUUGCUAAGUUUCACGAAACCAAGGCCGUGCUGCCCGCCAAUGCAUUCGCCAGCGUGUAG